AUGGUAACUGGCAUCAUAACUUGGCUGUGGACUGUAGCAGUCUGUCAUGCCAGAGUGUUAAGAACGUGCUCAAGGGUCAAAUCCGAAGGGCUUGGCUUCAGCUCGUGCGCUGCGCCCCUUACCCGAGUUACCGGACGAUGUCCGGAGGGCGUCGGGCGAUGUCCGGAGUCCGAUGUCCGAUGCACGGGAAUUCCGGCGGACGUUCGGGAACAAGAGAUAAGACUAAUCCGGACAAAGUCCGAACUAGAAAGGAAACAGCGGAGGACUACCAAAGGUAGAGGCGGAGGUGAUAAGUCAAUAGGAAUCAAUCCUAAGACGAGCGGAGGUCGACGAGAGGAUAACUCAAGUCGGACGGAGGAAGGAAUGAGCAGAGUCUAA